GGUACGCGCCAUUCGUAUACGGGACUUCGUGCCAUCGGUAUCGGGAUUUUUGGCCAGCAGCUCCGGUUCUGUCGCAGCUCCGUUCAACGUGUCCGUGUCAAUGCGUGUGUGUAUGUGCAUGCGUAGGUGGGUGCAUAAGCAUAGGUGUAUGUUGGCGUGAGUGUAUGUGGCGGAAGGCAUUUUACGGUGUGAUUUUGUCAGUGAAAGUGAAAAACGGUGGGGUGAAAUUUAAGUGAGGCCAAGGUGGUAAGGUUAGCGCCUUGAAGUGCGGUGAUCCGGCUGAUCGAUACGAGCGCGCAAAGCCGGGCCAUUAACAGGAUAAUCUGGUGCGUCGCAGGUGAUUUGAAUGAAUUUCCUCCCGGUUCUUGAAGGAUUCAGCUCGGAAGCGGUUUUGGUUUGCAUAAGCAUUACCUUAGUGAAUGGUUUUUGGUGGUAGUGGUGUUUGGCUUUGCGCACUAAUUUAAUUAGUGUGUGAGCAGGAAGAGAAUUUUACGGGCGAAUAACAAAAAAAGGAGCUCCGACUUCUGAAAUCAUUCAUUGAACCAGUAGAAGCUGGUAACAAUAUGUUUGGUUUGUGAUUAAUUUUGGUAAUGAAAUUAGCUUAUUGUGAAAAGUGUAAAGGUACACGACUGAGUUAAAAACGCUUAAACUGUGCAGGAAGCUUUCCAGUGUCCGCCUUUUCUUGAAGAAUAUCAACGGAUAAGAAUUUCCACGGAACUUGUCCGACAAGUGUAAAAGUGUUAUAAAAAAACCGGUGCUUUUUGCAAAAGAAAAACAUAAAUGUGAGAAAGUGAUGCACAAUUGCUUAAAAAAUAACGAUUAUAGUGAAGAGUCUAGAUAAAAAUUGGAAAAGAAAACGGAAGUACAUAAGCAAAGGCGAUUUGGAGAAACAAAAAAAAAACAACGUAAAACGAAACAAUUACACAAACCAGAAAAAAACAGCGAAAGCGGCAACGAAAAGGAAAAGGAUUACUUGAAAAUAUUAUUCUUUCAUCAGUCGGGAAAUUGUAACAACAGCAGUAGCAGCAGCAGCAGCAGCCAAGGAUAAUAAAUCUCUUCCAUUUUCCCGACACAACGCUUGUCGGUCGGUGGUUUAACGGUUCCACGGUUACUGGCCACUUGGCUCAGUAGUGAUUUUUUUCUCCUUCUCUCGAUCGUGUUCUCUCCUGUGUGUUGAGUGUUUUGUGUCCAUCCGUACGAAAGCAACGAGAUAGAGGGAAAAAAACCCCGAGCAAACGUCGAACGGCUGGAUUUGAUUUUCUUCGCUUCGGGAUUAAAGCAAACACCGCACAGGCUAACAAGGCCUCUAUAAUGAUUGUAUAAGAAAUAAAAAAUGGUAGCCGAUCUAAGUUGAUAAAAAUGGAUUUCAAGGAAAUAAUAUUGCUGCUAUGUCUGAUCCUAACGUUGGCAAAGGCAACACACAAAGAUAACCGAGGUGGCUCAAAUGAAACCCUAAGCACUUGGUCACCGUCGGGCGUGGAUCUGGAGGAUGAAGAUGACGAGGAGGUACAGAAACGAGCUAAAGCUCAAGGUUGGUCAUCGUGGACGGAAUGGUCAACCUGUUCGCGUUCGUGUGAUGGUGGCGUUGCGUACCAGCUACGCCGGUGUCACGCACCCCACGGCUGCAAGGGUGAUGCGGUGCGGUACAAAAUUUGCAACAUGCAGCCCUGUCCGGAGCAGCAAGAUUUCCGCGCCCACCAGUGCUCGGCGUACGACGAUGUGCCCUACGAUGGUGCCCUGCUGAAGUGGACCCCACACUACGACUACUCGGAACCGUGUGCCCUCACCUGCCGGGGCCGACCACAGCACCUGCUGGAGGAUAUGCCCGAUUCGGCCGGUGCUAGCGAAUCCUUUCCCAUCAGUGACGACGAACCGAGCGUCAUCGUGCAGCUUUCCAAUCGAGUGCAGGACGGUACCAGAUGUCGUCCGGGCAGUCUCGACAUGUGCAUCCAGGGAAAGUGUCAGCGCGUUGGAUGCGACCUAAAGAUUGGCUCUACGAAGAAGAUCGAUGUGUGCGGCGUCUGUGGUGGCGAUGGAACGUCCUGUACGCAACCACUCUACCAGUGGGAAAUAGCACCGAUGUCACUAUGUUCCGUAACCUGCGGCGGUGGAUACAAAAUGGCCAUGCCAACGUGCCGGAAUCGAGUGACCGGUGUAGAUGUGGAAGAGUCACUGUGCAAUGCUUCUUCGCGUCCGGAACCCACCGUAGUGCAAUGCAAUACCCAUCUCUGUCCCCCGAAAUGGGUGACGGAUGACUGGCGACCAUGCUCCAAACACUGCGGUGGAGGCAUUCGAGAGCGAGUGGUAGCUUGUGCGGAGGAAAGCAAUGGCGCCAAGAACAAAGUACCGGACGAGGCUUGCCGGGGAGUGAGACCGAAAAAUCAAGAACCGUGCAAUGUUCAGGAGUGCCCAAAGUGGGUCGUCGGCGAAUGGAGUGGGUGUUCCGUAUCGUGCGGUAGCGGUAUUCAGGUGCGCAGUGUCGAGUGUAUGGACACGAAUGGUCAUUACAGUGCGCAGUGUGAUCCGGGAGCGAAACCAGUUACCGGGCAGCCAUGCACUACGGGUAUCAUCUGUAAUGCGGGUUCGGUUUCGUCCGGAUUGAGCAAUGGUGGCGGUUCCAUUACGGGCACAACGGUUUCAGGCAGUUCCAAUGCUGGCAUCAUUGCGGUACCACCCUCGUCGGCGUCCGAUUUUGAUGCGGUGGCGAUGGGCGUUGAUGGGGAAGCUGAGCGGGCAAGCAUUUCUGCCAUGAUGAAGGAGAAGGCGGCGAUGCAUCAUGAGCGCGAUCCAACGCUGAUGACGUACAACGAUCAGCCGUACUACGCGCAACCGUUGCGUCAGGAUCGGUUACCCAAGGCGGAGAAAAUUGUUUCCCAGCGGGUGCCCAGCGAAGCCACCUUCAUUCAGGACACCGAAUGGUCACCGUGCAGCGUAACGUGCGGCGAAGGGAUCCGCCGGAAGCCGUUCCGGUGCAAGAUUUUCCUCGAAUUUUCCAAACGCGUCGCGGUGCUAAACGAUUCACUCUGUCACGCCUACAAACCGCUGGACGAGGUGGAACGUUGCGUCAUGGAACCGUGCUCGUACUCGCACAAUUUCGAGGACACCUAUCUCAAAGAUGGAAAUCGACAGAGCUUAGAAAACAUCAAGGUACACGUGUCCGUGCCAGGAAAGACGUAUUCGUGGCGGGAGGAAGGUUACACGAGCUGCAGUGCAUCCUGUUUGGGUGGUGUCGAGGAGCUAAUCAUCAACUGCGUGCGGGACGAUACGAGCAAGAUCGUGUCACCGUUUCUCUGUUCACCCGAGACGAAACCGGAAGCACGGAUUCGCACGUGUAACGAUAUCCCCUGUCCACCGCGGUGGAACUAUUCCGAGUUUACACCGUGCUCCAAGUCGUGUGGAUUUGGCAUACAAACGCGCGAGGUGACGUGCAUCCAUGAGGUGACGCGUGGCGGUGAAAACACGAUGAUCGUUCCGAACAGCAUGUGCACCACGAAACCUCAACCGGAUCGACAGUACUGCAAUAUCAUUGACUGUCCCGUCCGGUGGGAAGUGUCCGAGUGGAGCAAGUGUUCCAAAUCGUGCGGUGGAGGCUUCAAAGAGCGACGUGUAGAAUGCAAACAGAUCAUGGCCCAGGAGCAUAAAGUCGAACGGCCGGCCUCGAUGUGUCCGAGCAGUAAACCACCGGAUAAGAAACCUUGCAAUACGAAAGCAUGCGCACCGGAAGAUCAACGUCCACCGAUCGCCGGUACCAAUUCUACCUUCAUCCAGCACGAUCCUAAGAAGAAUAAAAUCACACUGAAAAUUGGUGGUGCGGCGACCGUUUUCUACGGUACGCAGGUUAAAAUAAAGUGCCCGGUAAAGCGCUUCAAUCGAACGAAGAUCCGCUGGACGAAGGAUCAGCAACCGUUGCUGAAGACGAAAAAGAUUAAAAUGUCAAAGAAGGGAGCGCUGCGCAUACUGGAUGUAACGUUCCGGGAGGCUGGCAUCUACACGUGUCAUGCCGGGUUGAGUCAUGCUGAUCUGAAGCUAGCGGUCAAGGCAAAACCCGGUGGUGAAAAUCAACCGAACGAAGAUCAUGAACGACAUCGGGGUGCAGAUCCUAAUGCACUGUUGGCGAACUCGUAUGCUAUGGCGAAUGGAAAUGAGGAUGAAAAAAGUGGGAGAAAAAAUCGUGACCGAAAUCGGGGGAGAAAUCGACAACGACAGCAACAGGAUACAUUACUAACCGAACAGGGCGAAGGAACGGAGGAUGAGGAGCCGCUACGGUCACACUCACAAAUGACCGUUUCCGGCAGUACGGUGCCGUCGGAUGCGUCGUCCGCAGCCAGUUCCGGCACCCGUACCUUACCAUUGCCCCAAUUCCAGCAUCUUCUGGCCGGUCUACAGCUUCUUUGGCCAUUUCAGACAUUCAGCAAUAGCAAGAAUGCAAGACAGCAGCAGUAUCUUACCGAGCAUGGUUAUGAUCCAUUCGAUGGAUCGAUCGGACGUGGUGAUCGAGAGCACGAGGAGGAACCACCCCGUCCAUUGAACGUGUAUCAGCUGUUAAAGUCACGCCACACCAACGAAUCCGUGGACGAACCGAUGAUACACGAUGGUCAAGCAACGGAGGGUUACGAGUUCGAAUGGAUGACAACACCCUGGUCCGAGUGUUCCCAAACGUGUGGUGCCAAUGGUGGUGGAUAUAAGCUUCGCUCCGCUCACUGUAUGCUGCGGAUGAGCAAUGCGAGCCGCACGGUCGACAACAGUUUUUGUGAGGACGCUGGUCUGCACGUGCCGGAAACGGUCGACAAAUGUGGCAACAUCGACUGUCCACGCUGGGUAACGACGGAUUGGAGUGCUUGCCAGCAGUCGAAGUGCUUUUCGUGGCAUACUGCCCUACAGCGGCGUGACGUUUUCUGCCAGUUCGAUGGUGAGCGAAGCGAUGAGAAGGUGUGCGAGGAACAGGAAAAACCUGUCACCAAGCAGGAAUGUUACAAUGAGCUGUGUAAGGGCGUUUGGCGCGUCGAACCAUGGUCGGAUUGCAAUGCAGCGUGCGAAGGACAGGGCAUUAAAUACAGGAUACUACAGUGCGUCUGGUACGGGACGAAAAAACCGGCCGGUAAUGCGUGUCGCGAACUGCCACGACCAGCCGUUAUGAAAGUGUGUAAAGGACCACCCUGUAUUUCGAAUCUUUCGGAGUGUAAGGAUUUGUCGAGGUACUGUAGAAACGUUAAAAGCAUGGGCCUUUGCAGACUGCACCGUUACCAGCAACAGUGUUGCAAGACUUGUAGGUUUAAUAUUUACCACUAAGUACCGUACCAUCCCGGGGACUGCCAAUAUCGAUACAGCAGGAUGCGCGCAGAUGACGUUCGAAACACGGUCGAGUGUUGUGUUUGUCGAAAGUGCAUUCAACACCGGACAUUGGAGCCAGGCAAUUGGAGUACGCGGGAGUUCCUUCCUGUUGCUCUCACUCUCUCCCUCUAACACUUCCGGACCCGGCGCCAUCAUUAGCGAUAGUCUGACAGCGUGGACAGCCAGGCGUACCACUGAAACAAAUCAACGAACUUGUGUAUGAUACAGUAUAGCUAUUGACACCUAUUACCGAAGACUUAUUUAAGAUAGUCAAUUAUGUAGUACUUGACUAUGUGAACAUUUGCUGGAAAGAGCCAACAAAACUACACAUACACACAAACACACACACAAACAGACACUUAGGGGCAAGAUGGCGCAGUACUAUUGAUCGGUGCAAAUGUUAGUCUAUUGUUGAGAAUUUAUGUAGGAAUGGUUUGCGUUCUACAGACGGGGGCAUGUUUUUUUGAAAAUAUAGGCAACAGGCUAUAUGAUCGGUUGACGAUAAUGAGCCAUGUUUCACUAUUGACACGACCACAAGAAAUGAACGAUAGCCGGCACGGUGCCAUUGGAUGGAGGUGUCUGUCUGUUAACUUCGCGCGCACUGUUGGAUUGUAUGUACAUAAGAAAAACAAGAAACACACACACUCCUAUUGAAAAAAAAACAAGAAAAAACCCUAUACAUAUAAAUAUACAUAUAUUAACGCAAACACAAAUAGGGAAAAAUUCUACAAGCGAAACAAUAUAGGUUUAGGUGAUAAUUGAUGAGGCAACAACAAAAAAAAAACGAGAGAAGAAAAGGCGAAUGUGAAAGAGAGAACAAGUGAACAUAGUAAUAGCAAAUGGUCGACACUAAAAAAGAAAGCUGUAAGUCUUGUUUUGCUAACUAAUACAAGCGGCGGUCGUAAUGCUUUGAUAAAAAGUUCAUUGCUUGUUGAUAGUCGGAUAGGAUAGGUGCUGCUGCAAGUAUUACCGUUUGUUAAAAGAAGAAACAAAAACAAAAACCACACACUCAUCAACCCCUAUAAGAAAAAACCCCGAUGCCCGAGUAAACCCCGGACGAAAGCAUAUGUUUUUUGAUAGAGCCAUUUACAAAUUAAAUUACGCCCUGCUGCAUAAUUCCACAUUGGGUCAAUAUUUUUCACUCAUCAGCAAAGGAAAAACCUACGAAUUUUCUUUUAUAAUGUCACUAUCUCUCUCUCACACCCUCACACAUCCCAUUUACCUACGUUCCUCUGCCUGGUAGGAAUACAUUAACAAAACCAAAUGGUAUUAAUGUACGGAUUUUGCGAUUAACUACCACCUUUUUGGAACAAAACCACUUCGAAUAGAGAAAAAGCACGCGAUAGAUGAUUCAUUUAAUGGACCAUUUUUUCCAUCUCAUAACACUUAUCAUUCGGUACUCUUUUUCUCAUACUACCCAAAAAGUCCCCAAACUAUGCGCUCUGCUACACGUUAUAAGUGAACGAUAUUAAAAAUAUCAUCAGCAAACAAAAACACAUACAGUGGGAACAGUAAAGAUGGCUGGCGAACAUUUUAGUGACUCAAUGACAGGUCACAAUGUUACUACGGAGAACCGAAUUUUUGCCACCACAAAAACACACAAACACACAACCUAAUCAAAAACACACUCACACACUAACGAUUAAUCUCCUCUUUCUUUCGACGCUUUCGAAUUAUACUAUUUACUCUCCCCCUUUCCAUUUUCCUAAUGUUCAUAAGUAAUCAUACUCUUCAAACUAAGCCAUGCAACAACUACGUGCAGCCGUUUCAUUUCGUUUCUAAACAUAGGCAAAACAAAAGUAAUGAAAAUUAAUAUAUAAACCGAAAACUAACAUGAGUAAAGCAGUUGAGGAUAAUCAGAAAGAGCAGAAGAAAACGGAAAAGGUAAUAGAAAAUUACUACCAUGUUUUACCGUGCUAAACCGUGGAUGGCCAUGCAAAUUGGGUGCAAAACAUUUGGAAAAGAAGACGAAAAAACAUGAGUAAACAAUAAAAGAAAGAGAGAAGAAAAAAAAGACAAAACACAAACAAAUUAAAACUCGUUCUUCUUUACGGUCGGGGCUGCAAAAGCCACAAGAGAAAUGAAAAAAAAAAACAAAAAACCCGGAUAACAGCUAAAAGACCAAACCAAACGAAAGGCAGACACGUCAACAGACACGAGAAUCAAAGCACGCAUGUAACAGGUAAGAGCAAAAUCUUUUUUUUUUGUUUUUUUUUUAUUUCAAACGAUGACUGAAAAACAUGUACAUAAGAGGAUAGAAGAACAAAGCAAAAGAAGUCAUUUAAGAACAAGUAAUAGGCAAUGAAUAUGGGAAUCGAAAAAAUGUAAUACAGUAACUUAUCAUUGUUAAACCUUUAUUAGUUCAAAUAUUUUGUUUUACUGAAUUACUGUUUUUGUUAGAAUUUAAAUAUUUCUUCUUAGACAUAAACAUUUAACUAAUAUGAUUUUUAACAGUUUUUAAUUUUCUUUUCUUCUUGAAACUAACGAUUUUUUGUAAGCUUUGAAAAAAAAAUUACUUUCACUCCCUGUAAAAAUAUAUAUUGAGUUUAAUCUGAAGCCAGACAUCAAGUUUGCAAAAAUAGAUAAAGUGGAAGAAAACUGAUUAUCUACUGUUGUAAAAUGGUACUGGUUUGUUUCUAGUGUUAUGCAUAGAAAGUGUAAAACUUAUUAAAAAAAAGGUCGAUUAAAUUGAUAAAGAAAUGAACUUGGGGGUGUUGUUUAAAUCCUAAGAUCUAUUUAAUUAGUUAGAGAAUAAAUGAAAAAAAAAUAACUAUUUAAACGAGGAAGAAAAUAAAACAGCGAAUGUGCGACUAUGUUGCAAAACGCGUAAUAAAACAAAACAAGAAAACAAAACUAACACACCUAAUGAAAACAAAAACACACACACAAAUACACAGACACAUUUGCAAAGCCUAGUUGACGAAAGUGAACCAAAAUGAGAGUUAAUUAAGAUAAGAAAAGUAAGUUAAAGCGUUGAAAAAUGAAAACCAAACAAAAACAGCAAAACUGACAAACAAAACAAUCCGAAUGCGCUCCGAGCUCAGAACGAUCGAAACACGAAAGAGAGGACGAAGCGAAAAAUAUUUCAUAGCUACAUUUAACCUCUUUGCCAGCUAAACCGAAAAGCAGAAAUACUAUUAUUACACACAUGCAACCGAACGGAGCAAAUAGUUAAAGUAAUACAAAAUACACAAAAAAGGUAAUAUUCAUAAUGGAAGAAUUGUGCGACUUGUAGUAGCAGCUGGUACAGUACCACUAACGAGCGAUUCCUGUACAUUAAAAGUAAAAAACGAAACCUUGGCAAGCAAGAGACAAUGUAAGUGGGGAAAUGAUAAUUUGAAACGUUUAAGCUUUGGCACUUUGCUGAGCAAAAAUAUUGAAAGAGGCAGAAAAACGAUUUGUUGCCAUUUUUUUCGCUUGUUGGAAUAGAAAAGCUUGGCUAAAAAGAUGCAAUCAGCGUAGGAAAAUUAAACGUAUUACUUUAUUCUGCUUGUCUUCUUUUCGUUUGUCUAAUUUGUAAUUAUGUACCGAUUAAUAAUUUCGUUCAUCCUUCACUUUAUCCGGUAUGUUAGUGUGCUCUACCACUAGUAGAAUGCAAAGAAUUAGGAAACAAAAUCCCCAAACGGGAUGGCCAUAUUACGUGCAAUAGUGCAUUUAUGUAAAAAAUGUGAUACUUUUCACUCAGCUCUAUACGGCUGAGCCGUGUAUUUGGGUGGAUUGAGUGCAAAAAAGAAAAGCAAGAAAAAAAUAAAAAGAAGAGUCAUCCCUCGAAUUAUCCGUCAACAUGUGUGUACGAUACAUUUAGAUGCAAGCAAGCCUAAACACAGUGUGAGUUGGCGAUGAAAGUGAUUCCAGAUCUAAAUUAUUGUAUGCGCAAUGCCAUUUCCUAGGUACAUUACAAUGCUAAAUUGAUGAGCAAGCGGGACGAGAAUGGUAGAAAGAUGCAUUUACAGCAGCCCGCAAGGUGAAGCAUUUGGCGGUUUAGAAGAAACGAUCCGGCAGCCGGAUUUACACAACUCCGUUUGCAAUCAAACAACACUAAACCAAAACACAAAAAAACUUUUCCCGUCGAAAUAUAAACAAUUUGCAGAAAGCUUUAUCGAUGUUUAUUAUUUUUCGAUGUUUCGCCAUUAGUAUCGCCAUUAGGUUUUCUAAAAAGCGAACCAUCUGUUGUAACUGAAAUGAAAGGAAAUUUGCAAAAAAACAAACAGACACAGAAAGUGAUCGGUUCAAACACAAAACACGAAUUCGAAAGAAAAGACAAACGAAAGCAAAGAAGAACAGAUAAGUAGAAGAAACAAUCGAAUACCAUUUAGUGCGUAACUGCGCCCGGACGCUUGAUUUAAAGUCGCAAGAGCAAGAAGUAAACAAGAAACAACACACUUAACAACAGUAAGAAGAAGAAAAACUGAAAAACGAAUAUAUUUAUGAUAAUUAUACAUUUCACUGUAAUAUGAUUAUCAUUAAUAUUAACUAUUAUACAACUUAAAAAUCAUAUAUAGGAAGGUUAUUAGUUCAAAGAACGAAAUCGGGGAGUAGAAGAAAAAUAAAACGACCCCAACGCAUCGCGCACUGAUCCAGGUGAAGUGGUCGGAUGAUAAUUCUCAAUGCAACUAUUAGACAAGGAGAUUAAUAUAAACAGCAAUACACACAAAAACAUGCAUACACUAAUACACGGACACACACACAGACGUACACACUCUUACAAAAAGGUGUGAAGACAAGAAAAUGGGGGAAAAAUAAAGUAUUUUUUAUUUAAAAUGAAACCAAAACAAA